AUGCGCGUGAUCAAGGCGCGGGCCGCCCUGUUAUCCGACUACGAGGUUCUACAGCUCCUUAAAGAUUCUGAGGCUGAGCAAAAAGAAGAUGCUCGUAUCCGCAAAGAAAGUGGCGCAGACUUAGCUGAGGACGAUAAUGAAGUCCCUACAAACCUACGGACCAUUCAGUUUGAGACCAUUACCUCGCUAUCGCAAGGAUUCAGACCGUGCUCUAUUCAGAACGCACAACACAUUCAUUCAUUCAAGCAAAUGCUCUACGAUCGGGGUUAUGUUGUCCCAGAUGCUAACAUCCUGGAAGGCGCUGUCGGCCUCACCAAAGCCGAGCGGCUACAGCUUGUGAACCAUGCGCCUGCCAGCGUUGUUGAGCUUCAUACUCUUAUCGAGGAACUCGGUCAGCGCAUGAGCGAUGAGCAAAUUGAUGAUAUCCUACACUGCGUCUCUUCCUGCUUGCCGAUACCCACCGAAGGGGCAAGCGCAGCCCCUGUGAUGGAAACGUCUUAUGCUCCUAUGAGCGAAGAUGCGGUCGAUAGACCUGACAUGGGAAUGGAGGAAUUCCAUGCUGCCGAGGAGGAAGAUGCGUUCCCCGAGGAACACUUUGAGCACGAAACAGCGGGUGCUGGAAUGGACCAGGACGAUGACGAGUAA